AUGGCGUAUUUGUUUUCUAUUUCUCCACAGGAUCUAUUUUGUAUUAACCGCGAUCAACAACACCAGCAACCCUCAUCCAGUCCUUGCACUCCCCCCAUCUAUUUGCAUAAAGACGGAGUCACAGGACUGGUAACCCGCUUCUCCUCCUCCUCCUGCAUGUUUGCAGAAACGCCUCUACUACAAGUACCUACGAGGUCUCCAGAGAAGCAUUCUCGUGCCCGUCUACCUGAAUCAUGGCUCUCACCUGAUCGCUGGCGACGCAAGAAACUGUGUUCCUGGGAAUUGGAAAGGCUUCAGAGGCUACUGGAACACUCCGCCACAGGGGUUUCUGACGAUGGGGUGGCAGUAGUAGCUGGAGGAGAUAUUGGUGGGAGAGUUUCGUCAGCAUCUACCGAGACAACGAUCACGACGUCGUCCUCACGUGAAGACUUGGAGGAGAGGCUGUCUGCUCAAAUGGCUCAGAGGUUCAGCAAAAUGGAACUGUGA